AUGGAAGAAGAAGAAGCUGUGCUGGAGCACAUCAAUAAGAUCGAAACGCUGGCGAAGCAGCUCAACGCAGUAGGCGCUCCGGUCAGUAAGGACGGCCUGAUCAUUACGCUUCUCGCCAGUCUCAACGAGUGGUACGCGGUUCUCAUCACGGCAUUGGAGUCAAGAGCCGACUCGUUAUCGUGGGAGUUCGUGACGUCUCGGCUGCUACACGAAGACUUAAAGCGCAAAGAGCAAGGUAGCGGUGUCGAUGGAACCGUGCACAGCCAAGGUCAAGCGUUUGUAUCGACGGAAGAUGGACGCCGCAAGGUACGACAAGUGACAGUGAAGGGUAACAGCACCGGUCACUACUGCGGUGAACAUGGGCAUUGGAUUGCCAAGUGCCCGACUCGGAUUCGCGAGAAUGCCGAGCGACAACGGCCGCAGCACUCAAACACUGCACAAAAUGAUGACGAUUCUGUCGAUUAUCUUUUCUCGGCUGGCGACAUUGCGUGUACGGUCAAGUCAAGUUGCGUGUGGCUGGUUGACUCUGGUGCGACACAGCACAUGACGUAUUCGAUAGAGUACAUGAUGAAUUACACGAAAGUUGCACCAGUCAACGUUCGUCUCGCGGACGAUGACGUGGUGCAAGCGAUUAGAACGGGCGAUAUUGUGAUGUCGAUGAUGACACCACGUAAAAUGAAAAAGGUCAUUUUCGAGCGCGAUGAGUGCUUUGCGGAGGCAAAGGGGUUAAGCUGGAAGCUUGAUGCCCACAAAGGAAAAGGACUGCUCAAGCUAUACAGCUCGUUCCGCUGCAUGCGGUAUUUCGUUACCGACAUCGACAAGUACUCGCACUUUACCAUGGCGUACUUGCUGCGAAAGAAGUCAGAAGUUGCAAGAAAUUUUGCUUCUUUUGUCGCAUACGCAGAGACUCAGAUUGGGAAAGUCGUGAAAGCUCUUUGUUGUGAUAAUGGUGGCGAGUAUUCGUCUGGCCAAUUGGCAAAAUUUUGUCAGCGCCGUGGUAUUGUGCAAAGUUUUACGCCGCCAGAUACGCCUCAGCUCAAUGGAGUGGCUGAGCGUAUGAACAGGACAUUGGUGGAAUGUGCGCGCUGUAUGAUUGAACACGCAAAACUACCCAAGGCGUAUUGGGGAAGCAGUGAUGACUGA